AUGAUCAAAUAUAAACAUUUGGAUUGGUUUUGGAUACCUUUAUUUUUUACGCAUAAAUAAAGAAUAGUUAGGAAUUCUGUUGUUGGAUAUGGAGAGGUUGAACACAAGGGAACUCGAGGGAAGGUGCAUUUCAAGCCCCCUACAGAGGAACUGAGGACUCUGAGCCUCUCUGGUAUUCUUCUCUUGUCCGGUUUGUGUCCGGUUUCUUUUCUUUACGCUGCGCACACAGAAGCGCUUUAUGAAGCUCGUGCGCACGGGGACGCGCUCGCGCUGGAUCCAGUAUGUCUGGUUUGACAGCCGGCGAUGUUACGCGCAGGGUGUGUGCCAGGUGAAGUUUUGUUCCAGAGACUCUGAGCGCCGGCCUCCGUUCACAAAAGAAUGACAUUUCUCCGCAGACUCCUGCGCAGGCGGCUGCACCCGUGGAAGCUCGCCAUCGUGGCGUUUGUGUUCUUGACGUUCCUGUUUCUGAUGCAGAGAGAAGUGGUCAGUCACAACCCGCGGGAUGAGCCUUGGCUCAGGGACAUCGUGGGCAAACGGGACGCCGUCAUCGGGAUGGUGAUGGGAGCCGUGAAUAACUUCCGGGACGCUAUGCCAAAGAUGCAGAUCAAAGCUCCCGUGAGACAGCAGCAGCAGGGAAAUGAAGGCCUGGCCUGUUUACCCGGAUACUACACGGCCGCUGAACUCCGUCCGAUUCUGGAAAGACCCCCGCAGAACCCCAGUCACCCGGGGGCUUCUGGGAAGGCUUUUCACACUGACCACCUGAGUCCAGCAGAGCAGAAGGAGAAGGAGAGAGGCGAUGAGAAGCAUUGCUUUAAUUUGUACGCCAGCGAUCGGAUCUCGCUCAGCAGGGACCUGGGGCCCGAUACGAGACCUCCGGAAUGCAUAGAGCAGACGUUCAAGCGCUGUCCGGCCCUGCCGACGACGAGUGUGAUCAUCGUGUUUCAUAAUGAAGGGUGGAGCACGUUACUGCGCACUGUCUACAGCGUCCUGCACACCUCCCCUGCGCUCCUGCUGAGGGAGAUCAUCCUGGUGGAUGACGCCAGCUCUGACGAUCGACUGAAGGACGAACUGGACGACUACCUGAAACAGUUGAACAUCGUCCGUGUGGUCCGUCAGCUUGAGAGGAAAGGUCUGAUCACGGCUCGGCUCCUCGGGGCAUCGGUGGCUACGGGAGACACGCUCACCUUUUUGGACGCCCACUGCGAGUGUUUUCACGGAUGGCUGGAGCCUCUGUUGGCCCGGAUAGCAGAGAACUCGACAGCCGUGGUGAGUCCUGACAUCACCACCAUUGACCUGAACACCUUUGAGUUCAUGAAACCCUCACCGUAUGGACAAAACCACAACCGUGGGAAUUUCGACUGGGCCCUGUCCUUCGGCUGGGAAGUGCUUCCGGCUCACGAGAAACAGAGGCGCAAAGAUGAGACCUACCCCAUUAAAACUCCCACAUUUGCAGGCGGUUUGUUUGCCAUUUCAAGAGAUUACUUCUACCACAUCGGAAGCUAUGACGAAGAAAUGGAGAUUUGGGGAGGAGAAAAUAUUGAAAUGUCCUUCAGGGUGUGGCAGUGCGGCGGGCAGCUGGAAAUCAUCCCCUGUUCUGUUGUUGGUCACGUGUUUCGCACGAAGAGUCCACACACCUUCCCCAAAGGCACACAGGUGAUCGCUCGAAAUCAGGUGCGACUGGCUGAGGUGUGGAUGGACGAUUAUAAAGAAAUCUUCUACAGGAGAAACCAGCAGGCUGCAGACAUCGCCAAAGAGCACUCAUAUGGAGACAUCUCUAAGCGUGUAGGUCUCAGAGAAAAGCUUCAAUGUAAGAGUUUUUCCUGGUUUUUAAAGAACGUCUAUCCAGAGGUGUUCUUGCCUGAUCUCAAUCCACUGCAGUUUGGCGCGAUCAAGAACAUUGGUAAGGAUGGAUGUCUGGACGCUGGAGAGAAUAAUGAGGGAGGAAAGUCUCUCAUCAUGUAUCCCUGCCACGGGAUGGGAGGAAACCAGUAUUUUGAGUUUUCAACCCAUCAUGAGAUCAGACACAACAUUCAGAAGGAACUCUGUCUGCAGGCGGCCGAAGGAGUCGCCAAAUUAGAGGACUGUCAGUAUAAAGGACACGACAGUAAGACAGGACCACAGCAGAAAUGGGAGAUAAGAAAGGAUCAGCUGCUUUAUAACAAGGCCUCACAAAAGUGCCUGACAGCUCUUCAUGAGAAUCCAUCUCUCGUGCCCUGCAAUCCAGCCGACAGAUUCCAGCUCUGGGUCUUUAUCUGAACGGAGGGACCGCUCGUAAACACAGGGUCCAAAAUACACGCCUCAUUUUUCAAAAAAUUAUCUGAAGCAAAUAUUAAUUACUGGCCUUAAAAUUGUAUUUGCUUUAUUUAAAACGUAUAUAAAACGACCAAAUUAUUUUUCCAGAUUUUUUAUGGAUUUGUUCUUCAUAUUAAGUUUGGUGGCUUGAUGUGAAGAACAUAUUUCACACACGGAAUGUUUUGCCACGUUUUGGAGACGGACAAAAAACCUUUGUAAAAAAACAAACAAAAUUAUGAACAUCUGAUGCUAAAAUAGCCAUUGAGGGAUUUUGUUAGAGCAGCAAAAUUUUUACAAUAUUUUUACUCUUUACAUAUAGAAGUUUUUAAAGCCAAACUCAAGUUUUUAGUGUUAAUUUUUGGACCCUGCACAGUCAGGACACACUGCACAGUUUUCUAUCUGAGAGAGAUAUGAUUUUAAUUUAUUUUUGUACGUGGAAAAUAUUGCUGUGGAAAGUUGGAAUAUCUCUAAAGGACCAAAAAGCACAAGACAUUCCAGUAGAAAAGGACUGGGCACUCAGAAAAGUGCAGUAAAGUGAAGUAAUUUUUUACUUUUCUCUAUGUUGUUCUGUCCGCUUCGUCCUUUUCUUUUACAGUAUGCAUAUAUCUGAAAGACCCCUGUCUUAGAACGAUUGUGUUUUACCUUGACUGUAAUCUUUCAACCACACCGGUGCUAAAUAUCAAGUGUGUUUCUGAAUGUGAAAUGCGCGUGAUGGACGACUAAAAAAAGCAGAGGCCUUAUCUUCUUCAAAGAAUCAUGUUAUGCAACAUGAAGAGUUUACAACACCAAAGACAUCUUGAAAGUAUUUGUUUUAUAUUCCCUCUUUAAGAAGUGGAUUUGUGUCUUUGUGCAUGCUGAUGUGAGACGGGUCAUUCCGGUUAUGCAGUACUUGUACAAAUCUGUAAAUUACAAAAUAAUAAUAAUAUGCAUGUGUAGUAAUUUAAUUAAUAGCUUUUUAUGUUGUUAUUCUAACCAUCUUUUAAAAAAAAUUGAUAUGUCACGAUAUAGGUUUUCACUACACUGUUGUCAUAGUAAAAAUAAUUUGUUAUAAUGUUAUUGCAUUUUUUUUUUUUGAUAAUGCAAUCAGUCCAAUCCAUUUUUUAAUUUGGUUUAUUUUGUCUUUUUUGGCCAAUGAAUCACUCAAAAAAGGAGAUUAGGGAGGCAGAGAGAGAGAGUUUGUAACCACUGUGGCUGUUAAUGCGAAAUAAUAAACCGAUGCAGAAUUAUUCACAAGAUUAUUAUAUGUGUAGCUUUAAUAUUGAUGUAGAUAAUAAUAGCUUUUAAUAUCACAAUUAUUUUCAAUGCAGUUAUAUUAUGACAUCCCUAAUUGUCAUUUUUGUAAUUUUAGGUGAAAUGUUUUGGAGUGAUACAUGCCACUCAAAACUUGAAUUACAUUUUUUUAAAUGAAAUUCUCAAUGAAAUAUUUUUUACAAAUAUGUCAAAUAUCUUUCUACGUACUGCAUAUGGGGAAUGACCCUAUUCACAAACUCAUUCCUUGUUUAGGAAACAAACUGUGGGAUUUUCUUUAUUUUUAUUUAAUGAAUAUUGUUUCUGUUUGAUCUUUUUUGUAAAUGUUGAUAUGGUGUUGAGUUGCUUGAAUAUUUGAUAAGAACGAACGUGAUCAUGUGACAAUGGUUUAUGAAGCAAGUGCAGACCCUCAUACAGUGUCACAGAAUGGCAGAAGGGGGCGCUGUUCUACAAGUAUUUGUGCUCCGAACAUUUGCAGAGUUCACCUACAGAUUAAAAAAUCUAUUUAUUGACUCUCAUUUAAAACCUGUAUUGAACUCUUUCUUCAGUGCAACACAAAAAAAGAUAUUUUGAGAAAUGUCUCAGUGUGUUCAUACAAUGGAAGUUAAUGGGGUUCAGUGUUGUUUGCUUACUAACAUUCUUCAAAAUAUCUUCUUUUGUGUUCUGCAGAAGAAAGAAAGUCAUGGGGGUGAGUAAAUGAUGACAGAUUUUUUUUUUUUAGGUGAACUGUCUCUAUAAUGCAAUACAAAACUGCAAAAGAGCAGAAAAAAUCUCUUCUAUUUCAAUUGCAAUCUGUUUACAUCUGUCAGAAAUCACUGUUACUUUUCAUGAAUUGAGGUUUUGUGACUUAUUUUUGUAAAAAUUGUUACAUUUUUAUAGGAGUGUGUUUCAGAGUCACAGUAAACUUAUCAAGAGUUGGAGAUUGGAGAAA